CGGUAUAUUAAGACGAGAAAUGGCCGAAGAUGUAUCAGUCGUUCGAGAGACUUGCGCUACAAGCAAGUUGAACCGUACUAAUAGUAAUAGAAACACGUGGGAGGAUGAGUGGAAUCGUGCUGCUUUCUCUGGUAUCCUUGGCCACGGCCACGCCGGUGAUCGUGAACCAAGAUGGUGGGCAGUACAUGUUGCAAUUAUUCAGCGGCCAGUACGCGAUCGAUCGAUCCGAUCAGGAGAUCUCCGGUGCUUCCGGCAGCAGCGGUUACGGAGGCGGUUACGGGGGUGGUUACGGCGGUGGCUACGGGGGUGGUGAUCUCGGAGGUGAUCAAGGGGGUGGCUACGGGGGCGGUGAUCUCGGGGGUGGCCACGGGGGCGGUUUCGAGGCUUCCGCCAGCGGACACUUAGAGUCCGGUAGCGGCCUCAACGGCGGUCACCAGGAUUUCUCCUCCGGCGGUGGAUUCGACGGUGGUCACGGCGGUGACGAUGGCGGCCAUGGAAUCUCUCUGGACAGCGGGCAUAAUUACAUUCAAAGUGUCCCCGUCUCCGAGCACGUCGAAGUGACGAAGCCUGUAGCCGUGCCAGUUUACAAGCAUAUCGGUGUACCGAUUCCAAAAUCAGUGCCGAUAGCCGUGCCGCAUCCAGUAGCAAUUGGCGUUCCGCAACCUUAUCCCGUUCAUGUUCCCGUACCGAAGCACAUCCCCAUACAAGUCGUGAAAACGGUGGCGGUCCCAGUAGAGAAGAAAGUGCCUUACCCCGUGGAGAAGCACAUACCGGUGCCCAUUGAGAAGCCGGUCCCCAUCACAAUCGAGAAGCACAUCCCCGUUCCAGUCGUGAAGCCGUAUCCCAUCAGAAUUCCCGUCUACAAGACUAUUUACCAUCACGCGAAGAAGCAUUAAAGCGUGCCUGCGGCGUAGAGGAUAUUUUUCCCGGAUAGGAAGGAACGUGGUAUACGCGCAGAAAUGACCCUCAGCAAUCUUUCACCGAGCGAGUUUUAUCAUAGCACGUCAAAUACUCGCGUAAUAUAUUGAAAAGGAUAUAUAAAAAUAUCCUUCAUUCAUUCCCGCUGGACUAACAGCAGCUGCUCUACGUUUGCUGAAAAACAAGCACGCUAUAUCUAGAAAAUAAUUACGCAUGUACGGUUAAACAGCUCACUAAGCGCUCGGGAAUUGCUCGGGAUUAAUUCAGUCCCAUUGGCUAUCAACAGUUUAUUGGAAACUUAUACGGUAAUACGUUUUAACUUGCGCUUGUGUAAGGACCAAUCGACUUGACUGAUACGUUUACCUAUCCUAAUCCUCGUAGUAAUUAUUCGCCGCCAAUAAGGAGAAAGUUCACGAAAAACAACCCAUGUUUGCUCCGUUGAUCGAACGAUCUUUGAUUCCGAUUUAUUUUUUUUUGUAUAUACGCGCGUUUGUAAGCGUCGGCGCAACCGGCGUGUUGUUGAGCCACUUUUAUUAAUGUUUUGUUGUUCUGUUGCGUUUUUGAAUAAAAUGCUUACAAAACUGAA